CACACUCAACCACACCACAAAUUUGCGCUUUAUAUCCCUUCAUUCAUUCCACCCAUUGGCGUCUCUCUCUCUCUCUCUCUCUCUCUCAUGGCGGCACGACUUUCCACCGCCACAACCUUAAAUCCCUGCAGCAAUCUGCUCCAACCCUCAACCAGCUCUUCCUCUAAAACAACAGCCCCAACACUAUUCUUCACCUCCUUAACAACUUUCAAUCACACCUCAAUUCUUAGAACCUCAAGAAGAACAAGCUUCACCGUCUGUGUUCUCAUGGAGGAUCCAAAACAAAUCAACACAGAUGAAGAAGAAUUAGUAGAACCUCCCAUUAAUAAAUCCAAUUCUCAAAUUCAACUUUUACUUUCAAAUAAAUUGGCCAGAAAGAACUCCGAGAGGUUCACUUACCUAAUUGCCGCUAUCAUGUCUAGCUUUGGUGUCACCUCUAUGGCUAUCUUCGCUGUUUAUUACAGAUUCUCAUGGCAAAUGGAGGGUGGAGAAGUUCCUUGGUAUGAAAUGUUUGGCACAUUUGCCCUUUCUGUAGGUGCUGCGGUGGGUAUGGAGUUUUGGGCAAGAUGGGCUCACAAGGCUCUAUGGCAUGCUUCCUUGUGGCACAUGCAUGAGUCACAUCAUCGACCAAGAGAAGGUCCAUUCGAGCUUAAUGAUAUUUUUGCAAUAAUUAAUGCUGUCCCUGCAAUUGCUCUUCUCUCAUACGGUUUUUUUAACAAGGGAUUGGUUCCUGGACUCUGUUUUGGUGCAGGUCUUGGAAUUACGGUGUUUGGGAUUGCAUACAUGUUUGUCCAUGAUGGAUUGGUUCAUAAGAGAUUCCCUGUGGGUCCCAUUGCUAACGUGCCUUACUUCAGAAGAGUUGCUUCGGCUCACCAACUCCACCAUUCGGACAAAUUCAAUGGGGUGCCAUACGGGCUCUUUUUGGGACCAAAGGAAAUUGAAGAAAUGGGAGGGCUAGAAGAGCUAGAGAAAGAGAUAAAAAGGAGAACAAGAUCAUAUACUAAUGGCUCAUGAGUCAUGACAAAGCAGCUACUACUAGAGCUGUUUGCAAGAUUUAUAAGUGUAGAGAUCAAUUUGAUUAAUGAGUGAAUGUGUAUUUAUACAGUUUUAGUGAAUAAUAUAGCAUGAUAAUUUUAUAUUACA